AUGUCUGGGACCUCGCGGCGCGCGGGCAGCCGACUCCUGGCUUUCCUUGCGCUCGGCCUCGGGGUUGGCUUCGUCGGAUUCCGCGGGCCUCCCAGGCCCAGGCCCAGGCCCUCGAGGUCAUGCUCCCUAGGGGCCCUGGGCUAUGCGCAGAGCCUGACCGGUGCGGCCGGGUCUCGUGAAUUGAUGCAAGAGUUCAAGAGGAGCUAUCGGGAGAACCCCUUCCCCGAGAAGCUGGGGCUCUUCUUCCCGGAGCAUGACCGGAUCCUUCAGGUGCUCUACCAAAGCGGCAGACAGAACUACACCAGCAGCGGCUUCUUGCGCACCGUGGACCUGGUCUUCCGGCAGCUCUACGACUUUGGUCCCUCGGCCUGGCCUGCUUUGACGCAGCUCCUGGACACGAAGCAUCCUUGGACCAGCGCCUACUGCCAGGCGAUCAUCGCGGAAGGCGUCGAGGCCUGGAGCCCCUUCGACUUCUUCCGGGUCAACCUGGACAACCUGGCGCCUUUACAGCGCUACAGUCUCCCGGAGCUCGAGCGGCAGUCGAAGACCGGCUUCCGCGUCCUGGAGAAGUGGCUCCAGAGGCUCGAGAAGGAGGCCGGCGACGGCGGCAAGGACCCCGAGCUGCAGACCUUGUUGGAGCGCCUCCAGGCGCAGGACCUCCGGAACCACCAGGAGCAGGCGAUGCGGCUGCGGCCUCUGGAGGAUUUGUUGGAGCACGAGCUGGCGAAGGUGGUCCGAAGCAUCUUCCAGGCCUGCGAGGCCGUGCCGGAGGCGACGGCGGCGCUGUUGACAGCCAGAGAUCGCCGGAAGCGCACGGUGCUCCACCUCGCUGCGACGCAAGGGAACACGCGCUUGGCACGGCUCUUCUUAGGGGCAGUGGGGGAGGCGGAUAGACAGUUCUUUGCCGCUGCACUGGAUACAGGAGGAUAUACCGCCGAGGAUCUGGCUCGGCUUGCGGGCUUUGCGGAGACGGCCGACGCCAUUCAGUCCCUGGGCGGGCCGACCAGCAGCGAAGCGCCCACAGGAAGUGCCAGCGGCCUCUUUCCGCCGGCGGCUGAAGCCGAAGGCAAGAGACAGAGCGUCAGCGCCCUCUCGGACGACGGCGGCUGGAGUUCGAGCCGAACAGGAGUGCCUGAAGAAUGGCUGACCGAGGAGCCCGUCUGUGAGAUCGAUUCCAUUUCCGUCGGGCAGUUUGAUUGGGAGAUUUUCGAGAAGCAUUAUUAUUCCGCUCGGAGGCCUUUGCUGAUCCGUGGUGGUGUGAGGAUGAGUGCCUCCGACAGGGCCAAGUUCACUCGCCAAGGAUUGCUCGGAAUUGCUGGUAGUCGCAGGGUGACAGCGUAUUCGACGCCCUACGAGAACGAUUUCAGGGAGGUAGCUCCUGUGGAGAUGCCCUUGGAAGAGUAUGCGGCUUUCUUGGAUCAAAGGGUCCAAGACCCAGGAAGCAACUUGAGCUACGUCUUCGAGCGUCUGCCCGAGGACGAGGGGCCCCUGGGCGUCGCCCGCGAGGUCCCAAAGCUCUUGCGAAGCCGCGUGGACCUUCGCUCGGCGCAGUUCACGCUCGGGGGCGCGCUCAUGGGCUCGCCGCUGCACCACCACGUGGAUGCCGCGAACUCUUUGCUCUUCGGGAAGAAGCUUUGGUUCCUGAAGCCUCCUGCGCAGCAGGAGUUCCGCAAGACCACCGUCUACGAGGAUUUGUUCGCCAGCGGCGGGCCACCGGGCUUGAAAGUCUUGCAGCAAAGCGGCGACCUGCUCUACGUGCCGCAGGACUGGGCGCAUGGGGCCCUCUGCUUGAACCAGUGCAUCGGCCUGGCGCACGAGUUUGACGUGAGAGCUCAGAGCAUCCCUGUGCCGGUAGAGACGGUGAAUGCCGGACUUGGAGUAGCUCUCGCAGGAGUCCUGGCAUUUUCCAUUUUCAUUAUUACCUGGAUCAUCGAGCUCGUCGCGGCUCUGUCGCUGACGGGUCAGCAGCUGCGAGGGGAGGGGAGGGAGAAGAUUCUGACCGUCGUGGAUUCGCACGGUGCCCCAACUGCCCCUGGAUCUGCCUCAGAUCUGAAGACUCAAAAAGCCGCCGCAGCUCGAGGAGACGGCGGGGAUGCCCCAACAGAGCAAGAUCUGAAGAACUUUUCUGGUGACUGGCUCUUCCAUGUCCGCACCACGUCCUGUCAUGGCGAUGUUUUCGACAACGGAACCUACACGGCCACUUCCCGCGCGUUCUUGCCGUUGUUGUGCGGUGUUUGUGUCAUCUUGGUUGCCUCCACACGGCACAGUGCGGGCAAGCCGCGUGCGGAAGAGCGAGGCGAAGGUGGUGAAGCAAGCACAGAGGCCGCUUCGACGCGGCUUUGGCACGUCGACUUUGCCAGAAUUUGUGCCGUGAUGUGCGUCAUCUUUGAGCACAGUGGCAAGAGCCUCAGUCGAUUGUGA